UCGUACGUCCGUGCUCAUCGACCCAUGGCAUUUGGGAUCACGAGUUCGUUCUUUAACCGCGCGGAUAUAAAUAUCGGGGCGCACGAGCAUAUACCUACCUAACCACAGAUUCGCUAAUCGCACGCACUACAGACGCGAAUAAGCAGGAGCAGCCAGAGACAAGGAGCUAGUAGCCAUCCCAUCUGUAAAUCGGAAUAGAAUUCUGCAAAGAGAAAUUAAAGCGAUUCCUUGCUAGCUCGACCUUUGGUCGAGCACUUAAGCAGGUGUAGCUACUAAGCUAGCUAGGGAGCUAGUCAGUUGGAGUUUGUUUUAGGGUGCCUGCCGGUCCUAGCUAGGAAGAAGCCAUGUCGCCGGUGCACGUUCUGGAGCACAGCGGAAGCGGGGCCCUGACCCUGAACCCGGUGCUCGGCGGCGUCGUGUCCUCGUCGCUUCUGACGCCCAGGUCGCCGGCGCCGUCCUACGGGAACAUCGUCACCGUGCUCAGCAUCGACGGCGGCGGCGUCCGCGGCAUCAUCCCUGGCACCAUCCUCGCUUUCCUCGAAGAAAAGCUCCAGGAUCUCGAUGAGCCGGAGGCGAGGAUCGCGGACUACUUCGACGUGAUCGCCGGGACGAGCACCGGAGGGCUGGUGACGGCCAUGCUCACCGCGCCCAACAAGGAGGGCCGGCCGCUGUUCGCCGCCAAGGACAUCAACAAGUUCUACCUCGACCACUGCCCAAAGAUCUUCCCACCCGUCAGCAACUGGCCUUUCGGCUUCUUCAAGACCAUGACGGGGCCCAAGUACGACGGCCGGUACCUCCACUCCAUCGUGAAGGAGCUGCUCGGCGCGACGCGGGUGAGCCAGGCGCUGCAGAACAUCGUCAUCCCCACUUUCGACAUCAAGCUCCUCCAGCCCACCAUCUUCUCCAAAUACGACGCCCAGAACGACGUGUCCAAGGACGCUCUGCUCUCCGACGUGUGCAUCAGCACUUCCGCCGCGCCGACCUACCUCCCUGGCCACCACUUCCAGACCAAGCAUAAGGAUGGCACUCCACGGGACUUCGACCUCAUCGACGGAGGCGUCGCCGCAAACAAUCCUACGAUGCUGGCGAUAACGGACGUGAGCAAGCAGAUCCUGCUGGGCAACAAGGACUUCGUCCCGAUCAAGCCGGAGGAAUACGGCAAGUUCCUGGUGCUCUCCCUGGGCACCGGCUCCGCCAAGGUGGAGGGGAAGUUCGACGCGGCGGCGUGCAGCAAGUGGGGGGUGGUCGGGUGGCUCUACAACAAUGGCGCCACGCCGUUGAUCGACAGCUUCAGCCAGGCCAGCGGCGACCUCGUGGACAUCCAGGCCUCCGUGCUCUUCCAGACGCUGCGCUGCGAGAAGCGGUACCUCCGGAUCCAGGACGACGAGCUCAAGGGCGACACCUCCUCCGUCGACGUGUCCACGCCGGACAACCUGAGAAGGCUCGUCGGCGUCGGGGAGGCCCUGCUCAAGAGGAGCGUGUGCAGGGUGGACGUCGAGACCGGCAAGAGCGUGCCUGACAAGAACAGAGGCACCAACGAGGAGGAGCUGCUCAAUUUCGCGCGCAUGCUGUCGCAGGAGCGCAAGGCCAGGCUCCAGAAGAAGGGCGUCAAACAGUAAAAAAAAUGGAUAAUGGGAUCUGCAUGCCAAUUGCCAAAUAGUCUUUUUUUGUUAGUAGUACUCCAAAGGGAUUAAUUAAGCUAGCUUGUUUUCAUCCAUUUUAAUCUGUACGUGUGACUUCACGAUCAGUACCAAGGAAUAUAGUGUCACAAUACUAAAGCACCUUUAUUCAACGCACAGUCGAUGUGUAAGUGUGUGUAGCUGCAAAUAUAUUCUUUAUAAA